AUGUCGACCCGCCCUCGCCCUGCUCCCUCGGCACCGCCUCGUCUCUCGACCAUGUCGCUCUCCGAGCCCGUCAAGCCGCUCAAGGUCAAGCGCACGAAGCAGCCAAAGUCGAACCGCCUCGUCCGCCUUCCUCCCUCGAUCCUGCGCCGCAUCUUUGCCGACAUCGGCGAAGCCGACGCUGGCACCCUCCUCCUGUGUCGCGUCCUGUACGACUACUUCCUCCACGCCGUCUACACCAUGAUCUCGCUCGACACGCCCAACCAGGUCAAGGCCUUCGUCCGCACGUUGCGGCACCACCCCGAGCUCGCACAGCUCGUCACGACGGUGACGUUCACCCACGCGGUACACUACACGGAACCGCAGCCUGACGAGCGAGACUGCGACGCCGCCGGUCCUGGACUCGGCUCGGGACAGCUGGAUUGGCUUCCAGCCGGAGGUUCCGGCGAGGACGACAUCACGAUCGGCACCGGACUGUUCAGCGACCUGGUCCUCCGCAUGCCCAACCUCGUCAUCCUCGUCGUCAACGGCGCCAAGCUCGCCUCGGCGCUUGUCGCGCCACACCUCGUCGCCGACCCGCACUAUCCUCGCUUCACCCACAUGCUCGUCACCGUCCACGACGGCGACGACAUCCUGCCCAGUUUCGGGCGCAACGUCAGUCGACUCGCCCACCUGCGUGUCCUCGCCCUUCACGGCUUCGACCGGCACAUGCCCGUCACGACGCUCAACCUCGGCACUACCCACCUGCCUCCUCGAAGCCUGCGCCUCGAGAGCUUCGACCUCACCAACUGCACGCACGUGCGCCCCGACCUCCGGCACCUCUUCCAGGCCCUCGCGCCCGGCCUCACCUCGUUCAGCCUGUCGACGUCGUGGGCCUACCCGGCCAUGCUUGACGACCUCGACCUGUACAAGUGCGGCACGCCCGACGACGUCAAGGCCAUGAAGGGCUUCUCGGACGUGUUCGCCUACGCGGCCAGCAUGCGCGAGCAGGCGCCGAGCGUGUUCCCUCGCCCGCUCACUUCGCCCCUGUCGUUCCCGACCUCCCUCGCGACGCUCAAGCUCCAGGGCAACACCGUCGUUGACAAGACGUUUGACCUCCUCGCCGACCUGCCCAACCUGCGCUCGCUCCACCUCGGCGCCCACACCGAGUUCCGCACGCCCGACCUCACCUCGUUCCUCCACUCGAGCCGCACCAUCCAGACGCUCGGCCUCGACGUGUGCGCGUGCGCGCCUGUUCCGAGCACGGCCGUCAUGCGCCGCUCGCGCCCGACCGCGGCCAAGGUCAAAGCGUCGUCGUCGCCGGCGCCAAGGCCGGUCUGGCGCGACGACUUCCGCGAGGAGGACGCGCAGGUCGUCGUGCGGGAGUGCGGCGGGCGAGGGAUCGCAGUCGAGGGCUCGGUCGUGUGUGCGACGAGGAGUGCGGGCUCGGCUCGGGCGCACGAGUGUCGCGGGUGGUGCACGGCGUAG